AUGCCUUCCUUUGGCAACUUUCUUCACACCCAAUUUAUUCUCAGGAUCCCCAAGCCUUCGGCCUCGUUCGCAUCCAAGACCGUCAUUGUCACUGGCGGCAACAGUGGUCUGGGAAAGGAAGCCGUCCAGCACAUCAUUCGCCUCGGUGCCACCAGAGUCAUCUUAGCAUGCCGUAGUCAAUCCCGCGGCAAGAACGCCAAGCAAGAGAUCGAGGCUUUGUUGAACUGCAGUCCAUCUAUCAUCGAAGUAUGGGAACUUGACCUCGAGUCACCCCCGUCCAUCAAGUCCUUUGCUGAUCGGGUCAACACCCUUCCUCGCUUGGACGUUUUGAUCAACAAUGCCGGCAUUCAAACCAUCAAGUUCAAACUCGUAUACGACACCGAGCGUACUCUUGCAGUGAACGUCAUCGGCACUUUCUUGCUCGCAUUGCAAGUAAUCCCAAAGCUAAAGGAGUCGGCUAGAAAACAUGGGACCACGCCGCACAUGACCUUCGUUGGAUCGGCCCUAUAUGAUGCGGCAAAGUGGCCUGAGAAUCACGGCGACGACAUUUUCGCCUGGUUCAAGGAAGAGUCGCACGUGGAUCCGAUGAACCAGUACAAUCUCUCCAAACUAUUACAGAUGUUUGCAGUCAUCAAGUUGUCUGCUGCCGUCGACCCCGUCGAGGCGCCUGACCCAAACCCGAUCGUGAUCAACUCUCUCGACCCAUGCUUCUGCAAGACAGGCCUAGCAAGCGAGUUGACGGGAGUGAUCAAGGUCUUCUUCAAAAUCUUCGAAGCCAUCGCCGCACGUUCUUCCGAGGAGGGUUCGCGGCUGGUGGUGCAGGCCGCUUCGGCGGGCAGACAGACACAUGGCCUGUAUAUGAGAGCUGGGGCUGUACAGAAAUAUGCACCAAUUGUACGAGACGAUAAAAGAGCAUCGUAUGUUUGGGGUCUGCUAUGCGAAAGGUUAGAAAUGUUACAGCCGGGCGUAUUGCAGAAUACAAAGCUGUGA